GUUUCAGCUGCCAUCUAGCGUCCACUUUUUUAUUUGCAUAGCUUAUCUGUAUUACCCAGGUGAACGGGAUCGAUUGGUUGAGUCUGGCAGGUAUAGUUUUAGGAGGAGCUGUUGCAUAGGGGGCCACAUCUGUUGGGAGUAAACAAAACCGGAACUGUGUUGAGUUCUUCAGGGACUACCACAGGUAUACUUGACUGUAUUUUCCCUUUAGACGAUAUGAUCCGUGUUAAACUUUCUCAAAGUUGCUAAACUCAGCUGUUGUUUGUUACUUUGGCUGAACGUUUCCUGAUUCGCGUCGACCUACCUGCUCCUUUACCUGAGGGUUUAUUGUGUUGGCGUUGAACUCUGCCCAUCAUUAUGUGCCACUUUUCAUCAUAGGUGCACGCAUGACCAUGUUGUUUCACCUGUUCAUACUCCUUCAACUCCUGUCAUGUGGAGAUCUGGCCUGUAUGAGGAGGUUACAGUCCAAACAUGAAGACCAAGAAGUGUUUGUAGAUGAGGGGGGCGCAAAUUCGUUCCUGGGUCGCCAUCUGCUUUUCAACCGGUUUGACUUUGAGAUUUUCACUCCUGGAAAUCUGGAGAGGGAGUGUUAUGAAGAAGAUUGCAAUUAUGAAGAAGCAAGGGAGGUCUUUGAAAACAUCCCUCAAACAGAUGUUUUUUGGAAGAAAUACAAUGCAGAUAAGAACAAGCGCCCCAUGCGGGUCGAUGUGACAUCUCUUUUGGUGGGACUGGUCGCUGGUGGAGUGUCCCUUGUUAUCGCUGGCCUCCUGGUCUGGUACUUCUGUCAAGGCAAAUGCAAGAACCGUGCAAACUCCGUUCGGCAGCGACCAAGAAGGAGUAACGCCUCUUUAAUGAUGCGACGACUAGAGGAAGUGUCCUUACAACCUGUACCCCCACCCCCUAUGGAGGAAAUGGACCCCCCGGGGCUGCCUUCCUAUGAGCAAGCAAUUGCAAAAAAUGGACCACAUGACGCCCCACCUCCUCCCUAUCCUGGUUCACGACAUGGAAGCAUUCGGCGGUAGUAUCUUCAGGACAACACAUCUGCAUGUCUGUCCACAUCAGGCAGACAAUUUGCAACUAACAUUUACACUGCUUGGCAUUGUAUACAAUUUUUUUCAUCAUCACAAGAUUUAAAACACUUUCUAAUGCCUCCUGUUUUGUUGCUCUGAUUAUCUUUUUCCACUCAUACAUUUCUAAUCUUUCUGGUCUGUUGGUGUAUUUUUUCCUUGGCAGUAUAAUCCCCCUUCUUAACGUGCUUGUGCCAAAACGUAGUCUCUUCUAUUUUCCCUAUUUCCUGAUUAUGCUUUGUAAAAUAACCCUAAACCUCUGCUGAAUAAGCUUUAUAAUACAUUUUACCCAGUUUGCUGCUUUUUGUCUAAAUGAAAAUGAAGAAUCAAUAAUGUAUUGGAUAUGAGAGAUUUAAGUUGCUGUAGUAGUAAGGCCCUUAAAUAGCAGUGGCUUUAGACACAGCAUGCAUAGAAGGUCUGAGAGCGGGAUUAGGAUUAGGUUUCAUUACACAAUAAGUAUUAAUUGCAAUUGAAGAGAAGCAGACUGAUAAAGCUUCCUGUCUCCUUCAGAAGGAAAAAUAGUAACCGCAAAACUGAUUUCAAUGGCAUGAUGGUAUUCUAUAAUAUUGCCAUACAGAAAAGGCUUUUACGGUUAAUACAAGUGUUUUUGAUGUACUGGUCUACCAGCUUGCUUUGUUAUGAUUCACUUUCAGCUUCAUAUCAUAAUCUAUUAACUUUUUUAUUUUUUUAAAAAGUGCAGAUUUUAUUGCUGGUUUAUAGACUUUUAUUGUGCACCAACCAAUGAGACUGCUCUUCUAAUAUGUGAAGUCAUGUUUACUUUCAGUAUAUACUGUACAUUGUGGUUAAUUAUUAAAAUGUACUAUAAAUAGAUGGAGGUUGAAGCUCUUCAAAGGCAGUUUUGCAAUAUCUUACAUUCACAUAGAAGAACGUUUUACAAUUCUACAAGAAAAUUAUAGCUGUGAUGAAUAUGACGGUUAAAAACAUAUUUCAACAGUUGAGGUGUAGCACAACAGUUUGUCCAACAAAACAAAGUCACUCAUUUAAACUGUAAUUGGACUGAGCGUUUUACAAGCAUGUUGGACGCUGGUGUGUCCUUCUCAUCAGAUGGUGCAGAAAUACAAGGGUUAAGAACUUAUUAUGGCCCUGUAAAUUACCAAAGUUUCAUCAUGACAUUAUGAGAAUUAAUGUAGGGGUUGCCUUGUUGAAGCGGAUCUGUACCAUAACUACUUGAAAUGAAGAUCUUUUAUAGAUGUUUUAAAUAAAAUGGAUAUUUUAAUUAUU